GCCACUUCCUUACAAGGUCAUAUAAGGUCCAGCAGAAAACACAAAGAAGUAAAGUACCUCUCUAGUAUUUCCCAUUCUAACCUGCUUUAUCACACAGGAUGAUCCCACAACCAAUGACAUUUCUCCUUUGAACUCCAUUCAGCAGUUGCCUUAUGGUAGAGAUGGUUCUGCAAUUUGCCUCUCUACUUUUCUUUAUAGUCCACUAUAUUGCUUUUGUCGGUUCUGUUAAUGAUGAAGGUCUUGCUCUUCUAUCCUUCAAGCAAUCGAUAGAAUACUCCACAGCUCAUUAUAUAGACAACUGGAACUCAUCGGAUGCAAACCCAUGUUCAUGGCAUGGAGUUAUGUGCGGAGAAGAAAAGGUCUCUUCUCUGAGGCUUCCAAAUAAAGGGCUGGCUGGGAAUCUGCAACUUGAUGCUGGUAAGCUUGUUGCAUUAAGUCAUGUUGAUCUCAGGAAUAACCGCUUCUCUGGAAGUUUCCCAGUCGAACUCUUUAAUGCGACAGAAUUAAAAUCUUUGAUCCUCUCGGGAAACUCAUUUUCCGGGCCAGUUCCUGAAGAGAUAGUGAACCUCAAGUACCUACAGACUCUUGAUCUUUCCCAAAAUUCUUUCAAUGCGUCAUUACCCUCAUCUCUAAUUCAAUGCAAGAGACUGAAGAAUCUUGUAGUCAGCCGAAAUAGUUUCUCUGGCUCUCUACCAGAUGCACUAGGAACCAAUUUGAUUAGGCUUCGGACACUGAAUCUUUCACAUAAUAGCUUUAGCGGUUUGAUCCCUGGCAGCCUAGGCAACUUGCCAAGCUUGCAAGGAGCGCUUGAUCUAUCUCACAAUCUAUUCAAUGGCCCAAUUCCAGCAAGCCUAGGAAAUCUUCCUAAGUUGGUUUAUAUCAAUCUCACUUGCAACAAUCUUAGCGGUGCUAUACCACAAAAUGGUGCUCUAAAGAAUGUAGGUCCAGCUGCUUUUAUUGGCAACCCUCUCCUUUGUGGGCCUCCUCUGAAAACUCGAUGCCCCUUGGCCGCUUCCCAUCCAAAUAUCGAGCCUGAACCCUUAGCAGUAGGAGACAGCUCAGGCAAGAGGAGGGGAGGAAAAUGGUGCUGGAUUGUGAUUGCAAUUGUUGCGGGUACAGUGGUAGGAAUUUGCUUAGUCAGUGUAUCUUUCUGUUACUGGUACAAGAAGUCUUAUGGUUGUAAGGAAAGCAAACGUACACAGGGCUGUAGUUUUGAAGAAAAAUCAAUGGUUAGAAAGGAAAUGUUCUGCUUCAGAACAGAUGACUUGGAAUCUCUAUCGGAAACUAUGGAACAGUGCACUUUUGUUCCAUUAGACUCAAAGGUCAGUUUUGAUCUUGAACAACUUCUCAAAGCGUCUGCUUUUCUGGUUGGAAAGAGCAGUAUAGGGAUCGUAUAUAAAGUUGUUCUUGAAAAGGGGCUAACUGUUGCCGUAAGGAGACUGGAAGAUGGAGGUUCUCAGAGGUUCAGGGAGUUUCAAACUGCAGUGGAAGCAAUUGGCAAAAUUAGACAUCCAAACAUAGUCAGCCUUCUAGCUUAUUGUUGGGGCAUUAACGAGAAGUUGCUCAUCUAUGAUUAUGUGCCCAAUGGUGACCUGGCCACCGUGAUUCAUGGGAGAACAGGAAUGACAUACUUCAAACCUCUUUCAUGGUCUGUUCGACUUAAAAUCAUGAAAGGAUUAGCAAAGGGCUUAGCUUUUCUACAUGAAUGCAGUCCCAAAAGGUAUGUCCAUGGAAAUUUAAAGACUCGCAACAUACUGCUCGGAGAGAACAUGGAGCCCCGCAUCUCAGAUUUUGGACUUAACUGCUUUGCUUAUACAAGUAAAGAAUCCUUACCGGGGGAACAAAUGACAAGCGGAACACCACAAGAAGGUUCUCCUUACGCGUUAACACCAACACAUUCAAGCACGCCUGGGUCUUGUUAUGAAGCUCCUGAGUCUUCAAAACUCAUAAAACCAUCACAGAAGUGGGAUGUUUACUCAUUUGGGGUGAUUCUAUUGGAGAUGAUUUCUGGGAAGUCACCUAUGAUGCAGGUAAGUCUAUCAGGAAUGGAUCUAGUCCAAUGGAUUCAGCUUAGCUUUGAAGUUAAACCACCAUCUGAAGUCCUAGAUCCCUUCUUAACUCGUGAGUCAGACAAGAAACAUCAAAUGGUUGCAGUGCUUAAGAUUGCUCUAGCCUGUGUUCAAGCAAGCCCUGACAAGAGACCCUCCAUGAAGAAUGCGAGUGAUAAUCUGGGAAGAUUGGUCCCUUUGACUUAAAUCAGUUUUUAACGAAGGAAAAUGAGUACACACCUUCCUCGAAAAAAUCAAACCAAUGAGCGUGUUGUUCCUAAGGGUGAAUAACUAAUCUGCUAUCAAUAUUUCUCUCCUGUUUGGAAGGCCUAUGUUGCCUUGCAUUGAACUCCUAUUCACCACCAUGUACAUCUGAAUCUUGCAGUAUCUAUUGUGCUUAAAAAAAUAAUUCAUACAGCAUAUUCAUUGUUACUUCGCAUAAUUUUGUCAAGUUCUGCUUAGUACUCCUAAUUAAUGGAAUUUCUUCCUCCUAUUACUUUA